AUGCUGCUUGCAUAUUCUUUGCCUGCCUGUAAAACCUUGGGAAUCGAAAUACUACCAAGACUACACCGACGAUAUUGCUAUUCUUCAUUGAGACAUUUCAAAGUGCAAACUAUUCUAAAUGACCUAAAUAAUUCUAAACAAUUCUGUCUGCCCUGUGUACCUGUAAAGUGUAAAUUGCUGCUGCAGGACUGUGUGGGACCAGAUACAAACCUCGUGAUUUCAUGUGAACCGACUGACGUAGUGAAUAAGCUCGUCUCUCUGGGCAGCUGCUUAAGUCCCGAUGGACUAACGAAAGAUGAAAUCACCCCCGGAACGAGAAAGGCUAGGCGCCAACAUGACACUAGCUUGGCUGACAGGGGUAGUGUAAAAUGCUGCGGUCAGGUCGUUUUUACUCUACAUAUCAGGGACGGGGUCACUGGGUGUGGAAGAUUUGUGGGGAAUGUCUUUGAGCAUCGAUGCCUCCGAAGCGUUGUACGCGUCUGGUGGGAAUAUGUCACUAAUCCUAAGGCACGCCAGACGAUAUUUUGGAAAUCCCACUGCGGAGAUUUUGCACAGUUUGGCCACAGCAUGAUGGUUUCUAUCCACGAAGUGGACGUCAAGAAGCUUGGUCUCUCGGGAACAUCGGACAAGCUAGUAAAUACAGACCCUGAAUUCGGUAUUUCCGAGUUCACACCAUAUGCCGUGCAGUCGCUGAAUGAUGCCAUUCUUCAAAUAUCCUCUGAUGUCUUGUUUUCGAACUUACUGUCUGAAGACGACCGGAAGUUCCUCGUCGAUUUUCAGCGGAUUAGUGAAAAGGCUCAGCUACUGUCCACUCGCUUAUUUGGUCGUGUCCAAACUUUCUUUGAAAAAGGCGACUUUCAAAAGUUGGUAGACAACGUGCCGGUUGAUACAAUUCUGAAUGAGCUCGUUUCAGCCGGUUUAGAUGGCCUUCCUUCCAGUGAAAUAAUUGCCUCAUUAAGCAGGCAAAAAUUAGAGCAGUUGGCUUCAAAAUACAAUAUCAAAGACUGGAAGAAGAUGAAAGUUCCACAGUUGGUUGUUGCUCUUCAAAAGACAGCAUCUGUUUCGCCACUGGGGGCAUUUUUUGGGAAACAAAUGGACAUGGAAAGCCUGUUUCGAAGCCAAAUAAGUCGGGUUUUGGGCGCAUGUUGGCGACCCGAACGCGCGCGCAUGCGAUUGCUAGCUGGCAUCAUUUGGCUCUCCUCUCUUGGAUCCGAUACCGCCAUGCCUGGACCUACACGAGCCAAGUCCAUCGAAGCUCACCUAAAAACGGAGUUGUACAAUAUGCUGCUUGUUCGUCGCAAAGACAUAAUUUAUCCGGCCUACGAAAUCAAACGAACAACCGGGAUAUAUCGAACUCCAAAAGAAUUACACCUUCAUUUAGACCUUUUGGAUACGGAACUGCGGUUGGAAGCCUUGAUCACCAGUAAGGAGUACUCUUCAGCCAUGGAUAUUUACGACAGCAUGAAACCAAAGCUCCGCGACCUACUCGUCAACCCCGUACACGCACGGGAAGAUAUUCCCGAAUUCCUUCGGCGCUUUACUGCCCCCUACCGAGCCCUCCGAAUUCUAUUCAUGGUCGUGGAUUUAUUCGAACGGCAACGUCGCUACACGGAUGCCGUUGAACUGAUUCAUUGGUUACUUAGCCUCCCAAAUAAGUCACCUGAUAGAUGCCCCCUUGAUUCCAUUGGUCCGUGCCGCGCAGGUCGUCUGAUCACCCGAUUAUUGGUUGAUCAAGGAACUCAUAUAAAACAACCUCUUGCGACCCUGAAGGUUAUCUUAGGUUUUAUGAAACUUGAGAACAACCGGAUGGAUGCCUCCCGGGCCUGCACCUGUCUACGUGGUGGACUACGUUUGACUGUACAGGAACAAAUGAACAAAUUGGCUGUGUGUGUCAGUUCCUCAGAAAGUGGUCAACUGGACACGGUGAGCCAACCUAAACGACGACGCUUGAAGAAGGGCAAUGAAUCACUUGAAUCAGGUGUUGAACUGUCAGAACGUACCACGAGUUGUCAACGUUGGUCGGUCCCUCAGCUGGUGACAGAUCUACAUAUGGCACCGGAAGUCAACGUGUCUGCUCCGGUGAAUGCUUCUUCGAAGGACAUCGGCGCAAAUCGUCCUCAUUAUUUGUGGAUAGAAGCUGCAUCGCCGAAAAAGUCCACAUGUUCUCCAAACAAGGUCGGAUCCCCCACGAAACAACCCUUGGAGCAACACACGCUAUUACUGAAUGUGGAACAGUGGACACUUCGGCACUAUACUUCACGGUUGGGCUUUGAACGUGGUAUUCACGCAGAAUCGAGCAUCCAUCACUUGCUCUUCACACUCCUGUUCUACGACAUUCUCUUCGAUCACUCAUUACCGGACGUGUUUUACUCCUACAGACAGGCGGCGCCACUGGAUUUGUUCUCAGACGAUUUUUACCGUUCACGGAAAGUUGCUAUCGAUGCUCGUCUGGAAGAAAUUGAAAAUGCUGCACUCCCUACGGAACUCCAUUCUCCGGACAUGAACCCCAUUAUCCAGCGAAUCAACAACUGUUGGACGGACCAUUACGGAGAGCGGUGUCUUUGGACCAAUUGGGAAUUGUUGAAAAAGCCGGACGAAGUUUCGGAACUGUUCUGGUGUCUCGGACCAAAGGUUGUUCAUACGGUAUGCCGCCAACUUGCCAUGGAUUUCCGCACUUGGAAAUCUGGCCUACCAGACCUUGUUGUGUGGACCCCUCAUGAGCGGCGCGCCAAGCUAGUUGAAGUUAAAGGACCUGGUGAUCAGCUAUCAGCACAGCAGAUUAUGUGGCUCGAUAUCCUUGUUCGCGCGGGAGCGGAUGUGGAAAUUUGUCACGUUUCGGGUGAGUCUAGGAAUCGGUCCGGUCUCUCACAGAUCCCUCGUAUUCUGAUUUCGAAAUCCAGCCAAUCAUUUUCCAUAUCAAAACCAUCCGACAUUUAUUUGUAAAUAUAAAGAUAAUGGAAAACUGUUUUACAGGCUUUUUCAGAAGCGGUGGACCCCAGUCUCUCCACAGGACAAUAUCGUACAAAGGAUUCUCAGCGAACGAAGUAUGAAAAGCAGGGAGGUAGGGCCCUCUUCAACACCACAAGAUCAAUCGAGGGGUAGGAAAACAAACCGGUAGGAUGGAUAGAUGGGCUGGUGCCCGUUUGACUCUAGACUUGACCGUUAAUCGGAAGCUCAUAUGUUGCUCCAGGCGGCAAUCACAGAAAACAACCCAGUUUGUUUACAUGAAGUCGUCAUAUUCGUCCGGUUCAAUGUUAUCCUCCUGAAAGUUGUAAUCGUUUUCGCGUUCAACCAGGAGUUUUCCUUUGCCUUUCUUUUUGAUUUUACCCUGC